AUGCCGGAGCUGCUGGACCAGUACGACGAGGCCAGGUGUGAGGGGUACCCGCGGGGGUUCAAGGACUUGGGGCGGCCGUUCGGCGCCGACAGCGACCUGGGCAUCGACCUGAGGGGCGUGGCGCCGGGAGGCAGCGUGUGCGGGGCGGCGGCCCGGAGGCCAGGCCAGCGGCUGGAGGAUUUCUACAACGAGGCCUACCCCAUGGCGAGGUACAAGGCCGGUCAGAGGGUGUGUUUGGUGUACCCAUCGAGAAACCACCGGGCGAUGGAAUUGCCAAGGGCCACAAACACCACUCAAGGGAAGUCCCUAUACGGCACGAGCCCCCUGAACCUCCCUGAUGGCGGAAUGUACAUUCUGGCAUCGCCACGAGAUCCAAAACGCGACCUGACAAUCGAGGACCUGUUUGACACGGAUGCAGGCGGCCUCAGCACGCCCAAGCCGGCCCGCGUGCUGGCCCCCCUGGGCGAGAGCGCCCCGGGCGUGGACGACAUGCGCGGCUACUCCAACUGCCCCGCCUUCGGCGUCAACGACCUGCUGGCGGGCAUCGUCCCAGACGACGCCCUGGGGCGCGACGCCUGCGGUCAGUGCUUCAUCGUCCCGCGCGACCUCGCCCCCGGCGCCUACACCUUCCACUGGUUCUUCCGAUUCAACAACAAGGAGGACGGCUUUGGGAUAGAGCCUGGGGAGCCCGACGAGGACUUCCUGACGUGCUUCGACGUCGUGGUGGAGAAGGGAGGGGAAGAGGACGCCGCGUGCCCGCUCGCGGGCGACGACGGCGGCUACCCGGGCAACGUGCCCGGCACGGGGCGGCACGCCGGGGUGCCCAGUCCGACAGGCUACACCGCCGGCGGGCCGAUCGACCCGUCCAGCAUCCUGCCCUGCGAGGCACCCGCCCCGUCCAAGGCCUCCCCGCUGAAGCCCAAAUCCCCCCCGCUCAAAGAAUCCCCCUCCACCGCGAAAUCGGGCCCCAAGAUGCCGCAGGGAAGGGACGGGGAUUCCGACGCCGAGCCGAUCGGCGGCUGCGCCGUGCAGUGGGGGAUCCUGUUCGACGGCGCACGCCUGAAUGGGAACGGCACUGAUCUCAUCCUCGACACUUCGCUGGAAUGCUGCGCGGCCUGCCGCGCCCACGCCCCUUCGCCCCCCGCCCGCCACCGCUGCAACAUGUUCGCCCACUGUCCCAUUGACGCAGAUCCGGCUGACUGCCCCCCGGGCGCAUGCCGCCUCAUGCACAGCCCCCACCCUCCCGUCGUCAAUUUCGACGCGCCGGAAAAGCCAGGAUGGGCCUCGGGGCUGUCGAGGUGCCGCGGCCGCAGGAAAUGCGCCACGCCGACAUGCAACGGGUGGGUGGAAGUAGGAUCCAAGCGGCCGGGCGGGAACGCGACGUUCAAUGAUGCCGGGGGCCUGGUGGUGGCGUCGCCGGAGGCGUGCUGCGCGAUGUGCGAGGGCCACGGCGAGUGCAGGGCGUGGACCAUGGACAGGCGGACGGGGGCCUGCGCGCUCAAGGCCUGGGCGCCGGGGCAGGUGGCGGACCCCAACUACUACAGCGGCAUCCCCAACAGCGAGUCCAUCGCAGGCGAAAUGUUGUCCGAGGCCCCCUGUCCUGUGGAGUCCGACGUGGAUUUCCCGGGUCCGGCGCUUGCCACGGCGCGGCCCAUCAUCGCGGCAGACAGCGCGGCGUGCUGCAGGGCGUGCGAGCGUCACGCGAAAUGUUACGCCUGGAGCAGGGACAAGGUCACUGGAGAGUGCCAGCUGAAGGGCAGGAUACUUGGGCGAGUGGCAAACGAGUCAAUGGAAGGGGGCACCGCCCUAUGA